CUUGCGUUUUGCAUUGGUUGUAUCACGGAAGUGGUUCCUAAACAACAAUUCUCUCCACUAAGUUGACACGCCAAACGAUUUUGGAACGGAAGAUCUGCCACUAUGAAUGUUGGUGUGGCACACAGCGAGUUGAAUCCCAACACGACAUGGUUGAAUAGUAAGGGUAUGUGGAUAACCUAUACCCUGGCCACUGCAGCGCUGCAUUACAUCAUUCUCAGUGUACCCUGGUUUAGUGUUGCUGUAGCAUGGACGCUGACAAAUGUUGCACAUAAUGUGAUAAUGUAUAUGGCCUUUCAUUAUGUGAAAGGAGCACCCUGGGAAACAGGAAACCAAGGGAAGGAUCGAUAUUUAACACACUGGGAACAAAUGGAUCAUGGAGAGCAGUACACAGCAACUAAAAAAUUUCUUACCUUUGUACCAAUCGUAUUGUUUCUCCUUGCAAGUUUCUACACCAAAUAUGACCACAGACAUUUUGUGAUAAAUGCUGUGGCUUUAAUGGCUGUGUUACUGCCUAAGCUGCCAUACUUUCAUCGCAAAAGGUUUUUUGGUAUCAACGAAUACUAAAGCUAGGAUAUGCAGAACAUUUCUGUCAGGUGUGCUAAUGGAAGACAUUGGACUUGCUCAAUAGAUUAUCAACAUUAAUGAUAUAAAGUAAACAAGGUUUCAAGUUUAUGAAGAUUUACACAUAUUAUCAAGCCAUAUUAUCAAGCCUACAUCCAGUUUUUUUUUUAAUUGUAUUGAUUUGAAGGAGGGCUUUGUCCUGAUUGUAUGACCAAUGCCACUUGUUGCUGCUGUUAUGAUUGAUGUUGCAUAAAAUUACCGACAUUAGUGUUCAGAUCAUUGGGGGGAGGAAUAGGGAGGGUGAGACACCCUGACAUCUCAGUUGCUGCUAGUAAGUGCAUUUACUAUGAGACUGAGUUACCAUAGUGUUG